AUGCCGCCCAUGCUGGUCCCCGCGAACACCACCGAACCACCACGUCUGGCCGCCUCGCACCCCAUCCGACGAGCUUUUCAGGCCCAUGGCACUGCGGCUGCGCGCCACUGGCUCCUCUCCAUCGGCGUGACCAUCACAAUCUCCGUCCUCCUGUGCUAUCAGGCCAUCUUCCAGCCCGACAGUUCCGCCGCCGCCGGUCUGCGGAACCUGCCCAAGCAUGUUUGGACGUCAACAACCCAAGUAGACGGGGACCGACCGGCGGAUGUGGUGGUGCGACAAGUAUGGGUGCAUGGAGAUUAUAUGAAGGCGAUUCAGCUGCCGGUGCUGCACGAGGCCAUGCACGUCCAAGAAGUGCUUGUCAAUGGUGGAUUUGAUUCCAAUCAAGGCGCCCCAGUCAUCCGUCAGCAUAUACUUGGUCGCGAUAAUCAGGGAUGCGUCGUGGCUGCGCCGGGCGAGAAGUGGGGUUGGCAUUCCCCGUUGAUGUACUGGAACUGUUCUUUGACCGCCCUGGACCAGGACCAGGACUUGCUCGGAACCAUCAACGCGCACAAACAAACGCACUCUGCCCUGAACCUCACCUUGCGCCCAAGCACUGUCUUCGCCGGCAAAUCCUUCUCCAACAGCAGGCUCCGUGCCGCCGAUGCACUCGUCAUCACCUUGUUCGACCAGACCAACUCGACUGUAGGGGACACUUGGAAUUCGCGAGCACAUACCCUCGCCGAGACGCUCUCAUCGGGCUGGACCAUUUUCCCGCCUGAUGGCCAUGUCACACAAAGUCGACUUUACGAGUUCCGUUUCAAGCCAAUGACACUGAACGACGACUUGUUCUUAGCUGCCUCUUAUCUUGUAACAGCAGUCUACGUAAUAUGGCGUAUGAUGCAGUUACGAGCCGUCAAAAGUUGGUUUGGUCUGCUGGUUACAGUAGUUGCUAAGAUGACAAUUUGCAUAAUCGCUAGUUUCACCCUCUGCACGUAUCUGGGAAUUGACUUGGCCCGCAUACCCCGCCCAUGGUUUCCAGGAGUAGUUUUUUGUUUUGGUUUGGGUAACAUACUUCAAGAUCAUAACACUGCCCGAGAACUAUUCAGCUUUAUUAAGCCUGGUGCACAAACCUUUGUAGCUUGCAUCUAUGAUCCCAUCUUGGUCGUUGCCAAGGGAGCGAUUGGACGCGAUCGACCGCAACCAGCGUCGUCAUUCAUUGAGAAGCUUCGUCGCUUUGCGCAAGGUCACGCUUUCCCAGCAGCUUUGAUUGUCGUUACCCUGAUUGCUGGUGUAACUUUGUUGAUGAACUACUUGCUCUGGACUGGACUCCCGAAGCUUUCAGAGGAGGCGGAUGACGAUGACGAGACAAGCUUUUCCGUCAAGACUUUACCAACACCACAGACAUUGGAUGUCGCCCAGUUGACUUCGUGCCCAAAAGGCCAUCUUGUAAGUGUAUCCUUUGACAGGAGCACUGCUAUAUGGCUCCAUAGCCGAGGAGGUUACCUGCACACGACUUUACAGACGGCAGCGAUGAAGCCCGAGCUUUGGCCAAUACAUGUUACCGCAAUGGACAGAGGUGGGAACAUUCUUGCCAUAUGUGCACAGGGUGGUCAGAUUGGCCUGUGGGAUAUUCCUGCUUCGCGGUUCCUCAUGUUCCCCAAGGUCGAGAUCUGCAAGGCAGCGCCAGUCCUUUUCGCCUUUGUUACCCUCAGGACACGAAUUGAUGUCGAAAAACAAUACCUCAUCAUAGUUAGCCCGGAUGGGCAACUGACCAAGCUUGAGGCAUGCACGGGCAUUCACAACACCAGGCGCAUUUCGGCGAGUCCCAUCAUCUGCUUUGCAAAGCCACUUGAUCGAAAGAAGCACGGUUGUCGUGGACUCGAACAUGCAAGUGAGGCUGUACAUUACGUCGAACCGGUUGGGACAUGGGAAUCGACAGACGCGCUGAGUGUGAUCGGCAUCAGGAGAUGUAUACAGUCGCCUACGCCCUCGACCAUCGCGGGUAUGGAUGAAGGCCACGGCAGUGCUGACGUGGAGUUUGUUGCGUCAGCACUCAAACAGCGUGCCCUAAAACAAGGCAACUCCAAGAUACGCAGACCCUUUGAGCUAGCGUUUACCAGGAGCCAUCGCAGAGAGAUUCCAGACGAAGACACUGAUACGUGGGAGGCUUGGACGCUUUCUACCACGGGCGAGUUCCGUUCCAGGCCACUUGCCCCGGACGACAUUGAAGAUAUAGCGGAAGGCUCGUACGAGGAUGAACUGUUUGCAGCGGCUCCUGGUCCAAUCACUAGGCUGGGGAAACGCAGCGUCGCUGUAGGGCUCGGUAAUAGAGUCAAGAUCAUUACGUUGGGCAAGGAAUGUUUCGAUGGUUUGACCAAUCUUCAGAGCGGCGCCAUGGAUAUCGGUCUUGGACCACACAAGUGGAGAAGUCGACAGGGCGAUGGUCGAAAAGUACAAUAA